CUUUUAUAUUUAUUCGUAUAACCUCUCCAAUAUAGUUAUUUUGAUUAUUUUCCCUUCAAAAUUAUUUAUUAACUAAUUAACAGUGCGCAAAUUUGGUUACUCGAUAAACAAGUCAAAAAAGUCAGACAAGUUGACCGUUGUCCGUUAAUAUCCAGCCAAAUAAUAUUUUAUUUGCAAUUGAAAAUAAUUGACGUGCUAAAAUUUGAUUGGCCACUACAAACUCCAACCCGCCAAAGCUCUGCCUGUAAACCACCGUACUUCAUUCACUCUGCGUAAUUCUCACGAUUUCAGUUUUUUCUUACUGUUCUUUCUCUGAAUUGAAUUUUCGUGAAACAAAACUUGGACAUGACGAUUCUUAGUGAAGCCAUAUCUGCGGAUGUGCAGUAUAAGGUUUGAGCUCAGACAGCAACUGAAAGAGUCUAUUAAAUAGAAAAUGAGAGACGAGUCAGGUUUUCUUUGGAACAUUUCCCAGGAAAGCGAGAAAUUACCUAGUGACAACAGCUAUGGAUCUUUCUUUGGCCAAUUUUAACCUUCUAUUGCAUGGAGAGUAAUCAAAGAAAGCAAAUUUAUGCUUGAGGCAAACCAAUCGGUAACAGAGUUUAAGAAUUCCUCUGCUUCAAAAGCUGAUGGGGCGAUGCAGAAAGUGAAAGCUCAGCAACUUAGGGCCUCCCGAGAUUACUUCUCUGAUGAUUAUGAGAAUCCACUUCUUGCGUUCAAGGAGCUAUGUCAAACUCUCUACAAAAGAAGCAUUUAGAUGAAGGAAAGAAGAAAGAUGAACCCAAAAAGUCACAACUGAUUUCUAAGGUUCUUGGAGAGCACAAAAUUUUCUAUCAAAUAAAAAUAUGAAACAAUGCAAAAAGUUUCUUGAACCCUGUGUUGAAAAAGUGAGGUCGAAGCAGACAAAAGAGGUUGAUAUCAGAAGACGAAAUUAAAGUUGUUAAACAUACGAAGGCAAAAGUUAUUCAAAACAAGAUUCAGUGUUCUUCGAAAAGUCAGGCUUCUGAUGUGGAUAAAGCUUAGCAUAAGAAGGAACUUAAUGAGCCUAGCAGACUUGAGUCUUUUUCACAGAAUAAAAACCUUAAUGGGUCGUCUAAACCAUCCUUGAUAAUAAGGCUGAAAAUUCCAUCAAAGCUGAAAAUGGCAAAGGAAAUGGAAGUCUGCAAGCCUAUAAAUGAAGAACCUAUUCCUUCCCAGAAAACAUCCUAUAAAAUGCAUGAGCAGAGAAAAGAGCCUGAGGAUAGUCUUUGUCACGACGGUGAAAUUGAAAAGGACUAUGUUUCCCCUCUGCAUCAAAGUUUAUUUAGCUCCAGGUGGAACCAUAAGAAGCGCGUAAGAGAGGAUUAUGAAGAAAAUGGUGACUGCAUGGUGGCUAGUUUUGCUGACAUCCAGAGAGAAGAGAGACAAAGUGCAAAGAUUGCGAGGAGGGAGGAUAGAAUAGAGCAGUUGCGAAAUGAGCAUGAGAAGAAGAAGGAAAGGUUGAGAAGACAAGCAAAGAACCACAAGUUACUCCAUAACUGAGACUCCUUUUGAUUGAUCCACUUCUGAAGAUUUUCCACUUAAAUUUUGUUGUUUUCUCGAAAGUAAAAGUGUAUGUAAUUGAAAACAUUCUCCGUUUAUGUUUUAUACACAAACACCAUUCUUUUUCUGUA